AUGUUGAGUUUUAACGGUGACCCGGCCGGCUACUCGGUCCAAGUUGUUAUGACUUCAAAAUACUCCUGGAUUGAUUUCGUCUUUUCCGUCAUUGGAGUUUGUACUUUCCUGCUGGACUGGGGGUCAGAUUUGUGGGUCGCCGUCGAGUUUUACUGCCACGGGGACUUUUUGUGGUUCGGGGCUCUGGUGGCGCUCAUGAUUCUGUCGUCCGCCGUGCUCCAAAUGUUCAGCUGGUUCUGGUUGAGGUAUGACCGACAACUUCCCGGGUUCCGAAGGGAGCUGGGAUCCGAAACGGUGCUGUUCGAGGAUAAAGUCAAGAUUAGUUGCUUGCUGCAUGUGUUGCAGCUGGGUUUCCUGUGCAGGCACAUCUCGGCCAUCCGGCAAGGCUUCCGCGUGUGGUGGCGGAAAGAAGAAGGCUCCGAGUACGCCGUCUACCUGACCCACGACCUGAGCAUGCUGCGGCUCAUCGAGACCUUCUGCGAGAGCGCUCCUCAGCUCACGCUCAUGAUCUACGUGGUGUUGCGCACCAAUAAAGCCAGGACCGUCCAAUUCGUCAGUAUUGCGGCCUCAACUACAUCCAUAGCCUGGAUGGUGGUGGACUACCACCGCUCGCUCCGCUCGUUCCUGCCAGACAAAGCCAAGCAGGGCUGGGGCUCCUCGUUGGUCUACUUCCUAUGGAACCUUCUCCUCAUCUCCCCCCGAGUGGCCGCACUCGCCCUCUUCGCCUCGGUCCUGCCCGGCUACGUCGCCGCCCACUUUGUACUCGUCUGGUCCUGCUUCGUCACGUGGGCUUGGCGACAAAGAACCGACUUCAUGGACAGCGUGGGCGGCGAGUGGCUCUACAGGGCCACCGUCGGCCUCAUCUGGUACUUCAGCUGGUUUAACGUCGCCGAAGGACGGACUCGGAGCAGGAGCGUCAUCUACCACACUUUCAUCACCGUCGACGGCGGGAUUCUUUUAACCACUUGGUGGUGCUACCGCGACCCGGUUAGCUCGCAGACGUACGCGUUAGCGUUGCUCAUCACGCUAACGCUCACGUACUUGCUAGGUUUGCUGUUUAAGUGUAUCUACUAUUGUUGUUUUCAUCCUAAACUGUGGAGGCCGCCGAUUAGGGAGCCGAGAACGCCCGUCGACGCGCCCGAUUCGGAAGUUGACUUUCGGGAAUUUUCCAUUCAGGACAGAACGCUGUCCUGUCUACUGUUUAAUAAAAGGAUGGAGCACAACGCAGCGCUCUUUUACGCAAGUGAUUAG